AUAUCACAUUCUGAGAAUUAUAGCUUGCAUAGUACUAUAAUACGGUCCCUCCUUGUCUUCUUUCGGUUUCUGUAAACCAUCCCUUUGUCCUAAUCUGGUGUUGCACUAGCUAACAUGGCUUCGAACCAAGCAGAACCAUGGCUACUGGAAAAUGGUAACCCCAAGGUCCUAACCAAGGAGCACCGGAAGAAGUCCGCUCACAACAGGUCCUCCUCUUCACUGAGGAAGAAGUCCGAUCGCACCCUCGUCUCGAAAAUUCCGUGUAUCCUUCUUAGACAAUUCCUGGCCAAUCUUCAGGAGGUUAUAUUGGGUACCAAAUUGUCAGUGUUAUUCCCAGCCAUCCCGGCAGCCAUUGUGGCUGACUCUGUUGGCUUUGGAAGACCUUGGGUCUUCGCUCUGAGCCUAAUUGGACUAAUGCCACUAGCUGAACGUGUUAGUUUUCUCACAGAACAAAUUGCUUAUUUCACUGGUCCAACAGUGGGAGGGCUUCUUAACGCGACAUGUGGCAACGCCACCGAGCUGAUUAUAGCCAUCUUUGCUCUGAGCCAGCACAAAAUCGCAGUGGUGAAAUACUCUCUUCUGGGUUCGAUACUCUCCAACCUUCUCUUAGUCCUCGGCACUUCUCUCUUCUGCGGUGGCAUCGCUAACCUCAGAAUUGAACAAAAAUAUGACAGAAGACAAGCUGAUGUCAACUCUUUGAUGCUGCUGCUGGCUCUGCUGUGUCACUUGCUGCCACUGCUCUUCACGUUCGCAGCAGAAAAGUCCAUGGCCACCGCGGUCCCCACUCUCCAUCUGUCGAGAGCUAGCAGCGUUGUCAUGAUGAUUGCUUACGCUGCCUACAUUGUCUUCCAGCUCUGGACGCACCGCGAGUUAUUCGAAGCUCAGGAAUCGGAGGAUGAUGAUGAUGUUGCCGAGGAGGAAGAGGCUGUGAUUGGAUUCUGGAGUGGUUUUGUGUGGUUGGUUGGAAUGACUGGAGUUAUAGCUUUGUUGUCUGAGUAUGUCGUCGGAACGAUUGAGGAAGCAUCCGAUUCUUGGGGGUUGUCUGUGAGCUUCAUCAGCAUAAUCUUGCUGCCUAUUGUUGGCAAUGCAGCAGAACAUGCAGGAGCUGUCAUUUUUGCUUUCAAGAACAAGCUGGAUAUAACUCUCGGUGUCGCAUUGGGUUCUGCAACUCAAAUCGCCAUGUUUGUGGUUCCAUUUUGUGUCAUCGUAGCUUGGAUUAUGGGUAUUGACAUGGAUCUCAAUUUCAGUCUCCUUGAGACUGGCUCUCUAGCUUUAUCAAUCCUAGCCACUGCCUUCACAUUGCAGGAUGGCACUUCUCACUACCUGAAAGGACUGAUUCUGCUGCUGUGCUACAUUAUUAUUGGAGCCUGUUUUUUUGUAUCUAACGCGACACUUAAUGCACCAAACACUGUCAAUCUGGGACUUAAAACAUCAACUGGUUCAGUCUUUGGAGCUUAAAAGAGUUUUGGCCUUUCGGGGUGACCAAUUACAGCAUCAUCGAUUCGUGAACAAGCAUUUGCUAUUCUUCAAUUUUUGAUUGUCCUAUAGUGCAUGCAUGCCUGCCGGAAAGCGAAUACUUCUUACUUCAGAACUGGCCGGAAUACCUUACAGUUUGGUAUUGUUGAAGCUUGAUGACGACAGGCGACACAUACAUGCAGCAUAUGUCAUGGAUAGUGUAUAAUAGGAUAUCAGACUGUUUGUUUUCUUUUAAUCUGGCUUUUUAUCUAUCUUAUUUCCUUUGAUUUUGUAAUGUAAUGAAUAAAUGGAAUUGUGUUGUUGGUGUGGGUUCGCAUGCAAUCAAUGUAAAGCUUAAUAGUACUCAUCAAGUGUUUUAUGAAAUCUCAAUUGAUUU